UCUUGGGCUCGAGAUCCGCAGGAGCUCACUUUGCGCGACUGGCCCCGAUCGCCUGCCUCGGGUGCGCCCGCAGCGGAGCAGCUCACCGAUGAUGAUCCGCCAGGCUCUCCGCGUCGCAGCCCGCGGCGCCACCGCGGUCGUGCCGCGCACCCCGGUCGUCCCGGCGCCGGCCCGGGCGCGCGCCUUCGGAGCCGUGACGAAGCACGAGGGCGAGUCGGCGGUGGCGCGCCCGUUCAAAGGUGCAUCCUACUCCGAGCCCGAGAUGGAGUAUGUUGAGGAGCCCUCAAUGCUGUACAUGUUCUGCUUGCAGGCGUUCCCAUGGAUGAUCAGCGGCUGGGUCUUCACCAAGUGGUGCUGAGAAUAAGCCUAGGUCGGCGGACGACCCCCGACUGGCGCCGUGCGAAGGGGACAGGACUGGGAGGAGAAGGAAGA